AUGACAGCCUUCUCCACCCAGGAGCGGGGCUGCAAGGCUCCCGCCUGCAGCCUCAACCCGAGCGCGCCCGCCCCCGCCCCCCCCCUUCCCGGCCUUCCAGAAGCCCGGGGACCCGCUCCCCGCCUGCCCUACUUAUUCCAGUCUUCUGCGGCCGCUGGCUUCCUCGGUUGCGUGGUCCGAUCCGGGCCGGGAGUCCGCGCCGGGCUUCGCGCGCGCCGCCCCCCGCCCGGAGCGGAGGGAGCGGAGGGAGCGGCGGGAGCGCCCGGGCGCGCGCGGCGAGCGGGCGGCUUGUCAUUGCUGGUGCCCGGCGCCGGCUCGCUCCGCGCGUCCUGCGGUGCCCACGGGCCCGGCCCGGCGCCCCCCGCCCCGGCCGCCUCGGGGGCGCGACGCCUCCCGCCGCGCCGCCGCCGCCGCCGCCCGCGUCCCGACCCGCACCGCCGCCGCCCUCCGCAGCCCCGGCUCCCCGCCGCCACUGCGGGGAGCGCGAGCCGUCGGCGCGGGAGCUGCAGUAGCUGCGGGAGCGACGCCCCGCCGUCUGCCGAGGGGGCCCCGGCCGAUGGGGCCGCGCGGGCCCCGGAGCGGCGCCGCCGGGCGGCGGGGGGCUUCAGGGGCGCCCCGCCGGCCCCGCUAAGCCCGCGGUCGCCGCCGCCGCCGAGAGCCGCGGAGUCGCCUGGGCGCACACGUGCCGCCCCCGCCGGAGCCGCGGAGCUGCGGGGGAGAUGCGGGCCGCCGCCGGCGCCGCCUCGGGGGGCUCCGCCUCGCCCCAGCCCCCCGAUCUCUGACGCCGCCCCCGCCGCCGCCCUCCCGGGAGGGGCGCAGCCCGCGCGCCCCCCGCCCCGCCGCCGCCGCCGCGAGGGGCCGCCUCCGGGACCCGCGAGCCGCCGUCGCCUUUCCCUUUUAUCUUUUAUCGUUUUUUUUUCGUCGGUGGCGGCGGUGCGGGGCCCGAGGAAGGAAGGGACACGGAGGCCACCCUCGCCCCGGUGCCCCCCACCCGCUUCCCCCCUGCCCCGGCUCCGGGAGAUGUGCCGGGCGGGGGACCCGGGUCCGCGGAGCCGCAGGAGCCUCGCGCGCGGUCGACCCCGGAGCAGCGUCGGACAGGUGAGCGACUGCGGGCCUGGGGGCGCCGCACCUGGGCCAGUGUCCGAGCCCAAGGGGGGACCGGGGGCUGGCCCGAGGUCGCCGCGCCCCGCCCCGCGCGCCCGGCCCCCCACCCCGCCGGCGCCCCUCCGUCCCGGCCCUGAUGUCGGGGUCCCGCCGCCCCCAGCCCCGUCCUUCUGCCUCCUGCCCCGCAGCCCCGCGUCCUCCGCAGCCUCGGCCCCGGCCCUCUCCCGGCGCCCCGGUUCCUGCGGGGACCCGGGGCCCGGGUCUCCGCUCCCCCUACCCAAACAUGUGGAGAUGGGGGCUGGGGGAGGGGCUCAAGAUGGCCGCCAAGAUGGCUGCGCCUCUGUUCUUUCUGUCCCCCUUCUCCCGCGCGCCUUCCCGCCUCGCGCCGGCGGGGGAAGAGGCGCCGCGGGGCGCCGGGGCCCGGCCGGCGCGGGGCAGCCCGCCGCGCACGCCCGCACCUCGGCCCGCGACCCGCGGCUGCUUCGGGGUGGAGGGAGGCCGCCGGGGUCCGCUCCUGCCUCCUGCACCCCAAGGGCAGGCCGGGUCGGUCCCGCGGCCUCGGGCCCCGCUCUCCCAACGCCGUCCCCGCCCCGCUCUCCCCUCCGACGCCCCCGGCCUGACACCCUGUCCCCCGCCCCGGGGCGCCAGGUGCUCCGCCGGGUCCCGUCCUCGGUGCUGGGGAAGGGGCCUGGCCAGCCCCAGCGCUGCGGGCAGCCCGGGGACCAGGUGUAUGCCCGUGGCUGCCCGGAGUGGGGCUGGCUGCGCCUCAAUGCAAACACAUGCCCAACUGUGCUCUCUGCCAGGCGCCAUGCUGGGGGCACGUCCCUGUGA